CUUGAGGCUCACCUUGGAGGAUGUUCAUCCAAUGCAAUGUUCCGAAUAUGUUCUAUGAUGUUUCUUUAUGGAAUUGCUGGAGAUCCAACUGUUAACUGACAAACAAGACAGAUAGAUUUUAUAAAUUGUGAACUGCAGCAUCAUGUCCAUUGACUCAAUGCAUAUGCCAUUAUGCUUAGGAUCAAGCUGAGCAGGAGGGAAUAUGGGUGACCACAUUAUCAGCUGGUAUGGGAAAUCCCUUGGACCAAACGAAGGUACUGGAGGAAUCUACCAGUACUCUGGAUUUAUGCUUCUUUUCGGACUGCAUUGCACGAAUAUAACCAGGCCAUUUGACUACUUUUGAUUCCGGAGUGGACCCACUGUGUUCAGAAAGUUGGUAAUUUCUAAUGAUUCUCAUUUGCUUUUCCUCUUCUUUCCUCUCCCGCUUUAUCCAUGGAGAUCUAAACGUUUGUAUCAGAAUCUACUGAGACCACAUCAAGGGAGGCAUCUCAAAAGAGGAGCUCGCUAGGACAAUCAUUGCUAGCAACAUUCUUCAGUCACUUGGGACCAAGUCUGGUGAAUCGUGUGACCUUUACUUUACCUGGUACUUGUAUUAGCAGGAGGCUAGAAAAUUAGAUCAGAGAACAGUUGAGGACUGCAUGAUGGGAUCCACGCUUGGUAUCAUACUCAUACAUCCAUACGGCUAGGGGUGGGAAUUUGACGGACCGAAGAAAUUGUUCUCGGUAUUCAGUGUUCAACUACAUUUCGGUCAUUAGAAACUAAAGACCAAUCAGUCUUGAGAAAAAAAAAAGAAGAAGACCGAGCAAUUGGGUCUUGGCGUCGAUUAUAACUGAAAAUCAGCAACAAUUUCAUAGCACAAAAAUUAUUAAAAAAUCACGAAUGCGACUGAGCGAAGAGGAGUGCAGCAGCUGCCUGGUAGGGGAGUAGGGAUGUGAAAAUUUGGGUUUACUGUUAUUGGGCCUAGUGGGUUGGAGGUUACAUUAUCAUGUGGUAUCGGAAAAUUGAUUAAUUUUGUGCAUUUAUAUUUUCCUCUGAAUUGAUGUCCUUUUGCUUGUUCUAACUCAAAUACUGUGCAUUCAUGUUUCAUAACACCGAACUCUGUGAUGUUACCAAUGCUACGUUAUAACAGGCUACGGAUGACCGAGGUGAAGAUUUUCGUCGAAGGCUUUUGAGAGGGAACAUCAAGCCUUUCUCUACAGGAGAGAGAGGUAUACCUGGAUGCACACUGAAGUUUCUUUGUUGAAGAAAUUUUAACUGGUUAACAGCAUUAAUGUGAUAGAAACAUCUAAAUCUAGUGCCCAGAAGCAUUCCUGUCUGUAUCCUAAGGCAACCCAUGGCAGUAUGAGAGAGAGUUGCUGGGGAGCAUGCACAUGUGAGGUGUGUAAGAGUUUGGAAAAGAGAGGGUGGGAUUGAUGCUUCUUUCUGCGAAAAAACAUAAUCAAGCUAGAGUGGGAAGGAAAGUUACUUGGCUCGUUGGCGGGUUCAUAAAGGGAUUUUUACUUAGUGAAGCACAUCCAAUUGUCACACGGUUCUAGGUAGUCAUCAGGUUUUGGCCCUCAAGCUAAAGUUGAUCAGGCUACUUUGGCAACAACUUUCAGAUCACUAGACUAUGUCUGCAUUGUGUCUGCAUCGAUGCGCAGGGAAAAGGGAAAGAAGAAAAGGAGUCGAGGACUAGAGGAGAUGGGCUUGAGUGCUGCACGGCUGCACACGCAGCACAACAGAAUGUGCAUCACUCAGCUUUUACAUGCAUCCAGCUAUAUAUAUGGGCUUCUCUAAUUAAGGUCAUGCAUCUCUUCGUUCCAUGCAUGAUUUUCAGUUAUUCAUAAUGUUUGUCUAUAUCUCUUGCCUUAGCAUUGAUUUUAUGAAUCAGAAUCAAGACCUUCACAAACUUUGUUUCGUUUCCUCAAAUCCCAAGUACUAGAAGAAAUAUAUAUAUAUAUGCAUCAAUUUUCAUGUUGUUCUAAGUGGACACACACAUACAUAGUGAAAGUGCAAUUAUUCAAUACAUGUCAAAAAAAAAAAACGAGAGGAGACUUUAAUUGUUGAUCAUUAUUUCAACAAGUUGGGGGAGAGAACUGUUUUGUUCUCUUGCACAUAGAUACGAUAUUAAUGGAAGCUGCAGCUACCUGCAGCCUUGCAUCACACCAUGCAUACGGUGCAUGCAGGUGCAGUACUAUACUCCAAUGGCUGGAGGGAGAAGUAGGAAACUGAUGUUGCAUCAAAAAAGGAUUGUUUUCUAAUCUUUUAGUUCCUGUAAAUGCCCUGAAGGUCACGGGUAUGCCUUGAAACUUGUUACUACUCAUCAACGCCACAAGGAGAUGGCGUUCCUGGUAGAGAGGUGCGGCGGCGGCGAGAUGGUGGUGUCCUCAGACGGCAGGGGGGCGGCGGCGCCGGCGCCGUUCCUGAGCAAGACGUACGAGCUGGUGGACGACCCGUCCAGCGACCACGUGGUGUCGUGGGGGGAGGACGGGGCCACCUUCGUGGUGUGGCGGCCGCCGGAGUUCGCCAGGGACCUCCUCCCCAACUACUUCAAGCACAACAACUUCUCCAGCUUCGUCAGGCAGCUCAACACCUACGGGUUCAGGAAGAUAGUGGCUGACAGGUGGGAGUUCGCCAACGAGUUCUUCAGGAAGGGCGCCAAGCACCUCCUCUCGAAGAUCCACCGGAGGAAGUCGUCGUCGUCUUGCUCACACCCACCGCCGCUGCUGCCGCUCCCGAUGCACCAGCAUUACCCCCUCAGCCUCUUCUCGCCGCCGCCGCCGACGACGACGACGACGACGAGGUCUCCUCCGGUUGGAGCCGCGGCAGCGGCCUACCAUUUCCAGGAAGAGUACUGCUCCCCCUCCUCGGACGUCGUCGUCAGCGGCGGCGACCUACUGGCCGCGCUGUCGGAGGACAACCGGCAGCUCCGGCGGCGCAACUCGCUGCUGCUGUCGGAGCUGGCGCACAUGAGGAAGCUCUACGACGACAUCAUCUACUUCCUGCAGAACCACGUCGAGCCGGCGGCGCCCAGUACGCCCAAGCCGCCGCCGGCCACCAGCUGCAGGCUGGUGGAGCUGGGCCCGUCUCCCUCGCCCACCCAACGUUCCGGCGACGACGACGCGGCGGUGCGGCUGUUCGGCGUCCGGCUGGAUGACCAUGGCAAGAAGAGGAGGGCGCAGCUGGUGGAGGAAGGAGAUGUCGCGAGCCGGGAAGCUAGCUAGGUCGGUCGGUCACUGUGACGUACGUAUACGUAGCUUAAUCGUAGUGUACAUAGAGAGUGAUCAGGUACGUACGGUAUGUAGCUCCAGCCUGCAGGGGUACGUAGCUAUAGCUUGCUGCGGGCAUUUUAUGUGGCUGAAUUUAAUUGUUUUGUCACUAAGAUGUAGAUGUAGGAAUGAGUGUGUAGUAGUAGUAGGCAGGUCCUUAAUUGUUUUGGUUUUUUGUUAUUAAUUAGAGAUAUUCAUGAUUGAUCCGCAAGAACUAGCUAGCUAGUUGUGAAUUGAUUUGUUUUUUUCCCAAGGGACUAUA